GCCGGGGCCAGAGGUGGUAGCGGAGGCAGAGCUCAGCUCCAGGGGCAGCCAGGCUUGAGCCCUGGGGGCAGCGGUGCCCACAUGAGAGGGGCGCGGCUGCAGCAGGCGGCUCGGGCAGGAGGACUCGCCCGCUCGCUGCUGGCCCCCGCCGCCGGGACCGGCCCGGAGCCCGCAGCCGCCCGCACGCCCGGGUUGUGGGCGCGGAUGCCUCGGCGCUGGGGGGCGCGGGAAGCCUGAGCCGCCGCUCCCAGAGCAGCAGGAGCAGCGCUGGAAAUGUCCUUUCCCUACUGCAGCCUGGUCAGGUACCUGUUCCUAGCCCUGCUCCUGCACGGGCUGGGAGAGGGUUCUGCUCUUCUUCAUCCAGACAGCAGAUCCCAUCCUCGAUCAUUAGAGAAGAGCGCAUGGAGGGCUUUCAAAGAAUCACAGUGUCAUCAUAUGCUGAAACAUCUUCAUAAUGGGGCCCGAAUCACUGUACAGAUGCCUCCCACUAUCGAAGGGCACUGGGUUUCUACUGGCUGCGAAGUUAGAUCAGGCCCUGAAUUUAUUACAAGAUCUUACAGAUUCUACCACAAUAACACCUUCAAAGCCUAUCAGUUUUACUAUGGUGGCAACCGCUGCACUAACCCUACCUACACUCUAGUUAUCCGUGGUAAAAUUCGCCUUCGCCAAGCAUCCUGGAUCAUCCGAGGAGGAACUGAAGCUGACUACCAGUUACGAAACAUUCAGAUCAUCUGCCACAGUGAAGCAGUAGCUGAAAAGCUAAGUCGACUGUUAAAUCGAACAUGUCCUGGAUUUGUACCAGCAGGUAGUCCUUGGGAGCAGGAUGUGAACUAUGACUUGUGGAGAGAAGACAGUGGCUGUGAAUGCACCAAGGCUCUGAAUUUUGCCAUGCAUGAACUUCAACUGAUUCGAGUAGAGAAGCAGUACCUACAUCACAAUUUGGAUCACUUAGUGGAGGAGCUAUUUCUUGGAGACAUCCACACUGAUGCUACUCAGAGGAUGUACUAUCGACCUUCUAGUUACCAGCCUCCCCUUCAAAAUGCAAAGAAUCAUGAUCAUACUUGUAUUGCAUGUAGAAUCAUCUAUCGGUCAGAUGAGCACCAUCCUCCUAUCUUACCCCCAAAGGCUGAUUUGACAAUUGGACUGCAUGGACAAUGGGUGAGCCAGCGCUGUGAGGUGCGCCCUGAGGUCCUCUUUCUCACCAGGCACUUCAUCUUCCAUGACAACAACAACACCUGGGAAGGUCACUACUAUCACUACUCUGACCCUAUCUGCAAACACCCCACCUUCACUAUCUAUGCCAAGGGCCGCUACAGCAGAGGAGUGCACUCUUCCAAAGUUAUGGGUGGAACAGAGUUUGUGUUCAAAGUUAAUCACAUGAAGGUCACACCCAUGGAUAUAGCUACUGCCUCUUUACUGAAUGUCUUUAAUGGGAAUGAGUGCGGAGCACAGGGAUCAUGGCAAGUUGGAGUCCAACAGGAUGUUACUCACACAAAUGGCUGUGUUGCCUUGGGGAUCCGUCUACCUCACACGGAGUAUGAAAUCUUCAAAAUGGAGCAGGAUGCCAGGGGUCGAUACUUACUCUAUAAUGGCCAGAGACCUAGUGAUGGAUCUAGUCCAGACAGACCAGAAAAGAGAGCUACUUCUUAUCAGAUGCCAUUAAUUCAGUGUGCCUCAUCAGUGCCAAGAUCUGAAGAGUCACCAGAGGAGAAUAAAGUAGGCCAGUACAGCAAUGGGACAACUAAAAAGGAUACCAGUGUAUUCGUCCUUACACUGACGCUGUUUAUUUAUACUGUGUCACAUUGGAACAUUCUUAGCUAGAAGCAAAAAAAUUAUUUUUCAUGACUACAAAGCCAAGAUUCCUUAUGACUGAGGGUUUUUCUUUUUAGAAAGAAGAGGACAUUUAUUUUCUUGAUGCACUUGAAUGCCUGAGAACUGUUGUUCUUUUCCUUUUUUCCCCUCCUUGAAUCAUGAACAGCACUUGUUUGAUGUUUCUGCUUUGAACUUCAUCCAGUUUGAUCCCUGACGUGACUGCACACAAGUAAUUGCACUUUAGGACUGCAGACUUUGGUGGGGGCUUUCUUUUCUUUCUUUUUUUUUUCUUCCUCUUUUUAACUGCUGGGGUGAACUCUACAAUCCUACUUCAGUUGCCUGCAAUUUUGCUGUUGUAGUUCUUCCCCUUCUCCCAACACUCAGUGUCUCAUCAGGAAUCACUCUGUACAGUGUUAAUGUUGUGAUAAUGGCUUCCUGCUUUAGGAGUCUGAUGUAGAUAUGUAUAUAGGGGUGGGGAAAAAAACCUCACAAGGAUUUGUCUAAACAUAAUCUUACAGGUUAUAAACAAGAAAAAUAUAAACUGUUCUCCAUUCCAAAGUGCCAAAUCAAAAAUCUCCCUAAUUAAAAACACUUAAGAUAAUUAACACUAUAUUUACAUUGAUUUUUAACUUGUAAAAACAACCAAAGUUUUAGUGAGUAUUUUCUCACACAGCUACAAUAGAUUUAUAAUAGUUUCUGUGCCUUCCUUUGUAUCUACAAAGUAGCUACAAUCAACCCUCAUUAAAAGCCAGAUUGAGGAAAUAUUUGUUCAUUGGACAGACAUACCUUAUAAAUUGCCAGUACAUUAAUGCUAAGGUGAUCUGCUGUGUGCUCAUACUCAAUGGACCUCAUAUCCUCUCUAUGCAGCGUUUUGACCUUGAAUUGUUUUGUUAGGUGUGUACAAAAUAUGGAAAGGCACUGGGAGCAAAACGCUUCCUAGAAACCUUGUUUAGGAGAAGGAAUCGUUAAGAACUUUUAAGUGGUGGUAGGUAGGAAGUAAAGAAAGGAUUCUAGCAGGAAAUACCCAGUGGGCCAAAUGAUGCCCAUGUCCUCUCAGCUUAGACAGCACAGAAACAGCUGAAAAUUGGAAGAGACAUACUACAUGGGAGUGGGGCUGCACAAAGGCAGCAGCUCCUCCCCGCCCCAUCCCCACCUCCUUACACAUCAGGAGCUCACUGAGUCUGGGAAAACAUGGCUGGAAAGAGGAGACAGGCACAAUGAGGAGUACCCCUCUAGAGUGCUAUUUCACUUGGAAUAUGGCAUGAGACAGUGCUAGGUAUAUUCUUAGGUACACCCUGCUUUACAUCAUCUAACCUCUGAUGGAGGCUUUAAAGAUCAGACACAGGUGAGCAAGUGGGGAAGCUCCUAAGUUAGCCAUACUACCAUGUAGUAUCAACUCCUAGGAAUAACACAGUACUAUUGUACUCCAAACACUAGGAGGAACAAACUCCUUGACUGCAGAGCAGGGAAGGGACAAAUCCACAACCACCCCUCAACUGAAUUGCCUGGAACUUCUAUGUGAAAGGAGCAAAUUGGACUCAUGAUAAGGCCCCAUAGCAUUUGUAAUAUCCCUUUUACCAAUAAGACAUAAUUCCUGGGAAGAAAAGCCAAAUAAAAGAAAGGAGUCACCAGGCUUGGGCCAUAUCAUGCCUCUUUGAGUGUCAAGGCAGAAGCACCUGAUGAAAUUGUGGAUUUCUACUAAAAAUAAGUUGUACAAUAUGA